AAGCCUGGUGCGCCAGCUCGUAACGCUAUAGGCUGGAGGGAGGCAGCUGUUGCCAUUAUUUUAUCAGCCAGCACAGAUACACCAGUGGCUUCACCCUCCAAGAAGAAACAAAAAAAAAAAAAAAAGAAAAAAGAAAAAGAUGAGUCAGGCGACACCAUCAUAAACACACGAAACUGAAAAUAGAUUUUAAAAAGUUAAAUCAAUGGUACAGAAAAGUAGUAUGUCCAGGACGCCUUCGACCUCAACCCAGGAGAUCCAAAUGGACAUGUUCGACCAUCAUCCACACACACAGGGAAAGUACGCCAAGAGGAAGAGCCGAUUUAAGCGCUCGGAUGGAAGCACCUCCUCUGACACCACCUCCAACAGCUUUGUCCGACAGGGCUCUGCAGACUCCUACACCAGCCGACCGUCGGACUCAGACGUGUCCCUGGAGGAGGACCCUGAGGCCCUGAGGAAGGAGGCUGACAGACAGGCUCUCGCCACACUCGAGAAAGCAAAGACCAAACCAGUGGCGUUUGCAGUGAGGACAAAUGUCGGCUAUAACCCCGGGCCCAGCGAUGACGUUCCUGUGCAGGGCAUGGCCAUAUCCUUCGAAGCCAAAGACUUCUUGCACAUUAAAGAGAAGUACAACAACGACUGGUGGAUCGGGCGUCUGGUGAAGGAGGGCUGUGAGGUGGGCUUCAUCCCCAGCCCGGUCAAACUGGAGAACACCCGUAUGCUGCAGGAGCAGAGGAUGAGACAAAACCGGCUCAGCUCCAGUAAGUCUGGAGGAAGCUCCAGUCUGGAUGUUGCUACAGGAACACGCAGGCCCACCCCACCAGGCACAGGUGGCCCGGCUAAACAGAAACAGAAGUCGAUGGAGCACGUGCCUCCCUAUGACGUGGUUCCCUCCAUGAGACCCAUCAUCCUCGUGGGGCCGUCGCUCAAAGGAUACGAGGUGACAGACAUGAUGCAGAAAGCGCUUUUUGACUUCCUGAAACACAAGUUUGAGGGCAGGAUAUCAAUCACACGAGUGACAGCAGACAUCUCGCUGGCCAAACGUUCAGUCCUCAACAACCCCAGCAAACACACCAUCAUCGAGCGCUCCAGUACCCGCUCCAGCCUAGCGGAGGUGCAGAGUGAGAUCGAGCGUAUCUUUGAGCUGGCCCGCACCCUCCAGCUGGUGGCGCUGGAUGCAGACACCAUAAACCACCCCACUCAGCUGGCAAAGACGUCCCUGGCUCCUAUCAUUGUCUAUAUUAAAAUAGCCUCACCUAAGGUCCUCCAGAGGCUCAUCAAAUCCAGAGGGAAAUCCCAGGCUAAACACCUAAAUGUGCAGAUGGUUGCAGCAGACAAGUUGGCCCAGUGCCCACCCGAGUUGUUUGACAUCAUCCUGGACGAGAACCAGCUGGAGGAUGCCUGCGAGCACCUUGCUGACUACCUGGAGGCGUACUGGAAGGCGACGCACCCCCCGAGCAGCAACCCCCCCAACCCGCUGCUCAACCGCACCAUGGCCACAGCCGCCCUGGCCGCCUCCCCCGAGCCCGUCUCCAACCUGCAGGGGCCGUACCUGGUGCACGGAGAGCAGAAGAGAGAGGGGCCUCUGACAGAGAGCGGAGGGAGCGACACCCUGCACGACUAUAAGACAGACCAGGGUGGAAAACCUCAGCAACAGCAGCAGCAGCAAACGUACAUACGCUCCUCUCGUGGUCAGCUGCGAGCAGGCAGCGGGCGAGGAUUGUCCCGGCAAGACACCUUCGACUCUGAGACCCAGGGCAGCAGGGACUCGGCCUACACCGAGGCCGGGGACUCCUGCAUGGACAUUGAGACCGACCCUUACGAAGAGCCCGAGCCCUACAGAGGCGGCGGGGGCAGCCGACUUCAUCUGGCGCAGCAUCACGGCAGACAGGCCUCCUGGGAAGACGAGGGCGCCGAGCCAGACCAGGAAAACCUGAACCACCCACCGAUGCCGAGCCACACGCAGUCACAUGGAAGGGCCAAGCUGAGGGAGCGGUACUGCCAGGAUCCUGUGGACACAGGGGCCAACAUGAGCCGCAACAAGAACCAGGACGACUGGGGGAGGGACGUCUACAUCCGCUGAACGCAUCACACUAGAAAGAGAAGGAAGCGGACAGACAGACUGAGGAGGGAGAGAGAUGAGAGGAGACUGUGUGUGGUUUGGGGCCGUGCCAGUUAGGCUAAAAAAUUAAUCUGUUUACAUCCCACUACAAUGUAAAGAAAUACAUCAACUGCCAGAUGCCAUCUUCAUCCACUUCUUCUUGCAAUUUAAUUUAUUUCUGUUAAGAAAACUACUAUUGAUCUGUUUCUGUUCUUUCUGUUGAUACUGCAUGAAUUUCAUGGAUUUCUAAACUGACAGCACGAGGACAGUAACCGCUACGAUCGUGAAUCUAUGAUUGUGAUCUGUAUGACUCAACCUCUCGUUUAGUUGUAGAGUGUGAAGGCUGGUAGAGCUGCUGUAGUCCGUCACGUCUGUCCUCUGCAGUCAUAAACAGGGUCUAAUGUCAACGUGUACAGCGUCAGGGUUUCUCUUUACCUUUAUCUCACUCAGUGCUGAUGGAUAUCUCUGAAUUUAAGAGCCUCUCACCUCCACUUUCCUCAUCACCCAGACCUUAAAAAAGCAGGUGGAGAAGUUGCCAUAUUUUAACACAACAAUUUCUUAAUGUUGCUACACCCAUGUCAGCUUAAAAGAGUUCACUCCAAAGAUGUUUACUUCUUCCCCGACACGGAUCUACCCGUCUGACCCAGCACCUCUGUUUCUGUGUCCCUCUUCCUCGUGGGUGCUGAGAGCGCCUGCAGUAUUCACCUGUUCUCUGGUUUUCUGCUGUGGUGCACAUUUAAAGCAGCACUGCAGUUGUAGUUUUGUAAACAAAGUGUCCUGCCUUAGUCACUCCCACCUUAAAAAAAACAAAAAAAAAAAACACCCUUAUAUCAAGAAAACUCCAAUCACAAGUGCCGGAAUGUCUCGCCAAGCCAUGUCCACCACUGCCCCGGUGGGAUGUCUUAACUUUUGUUUUCAUACCAUAUCUGUGUGUCUGUGUGUCCCAAGGCUACUCUGCGCUGUAGCACAUGCCGUCGCUCCUACACGUCACUCUUCUCGUUUUCUUUGCUUCAUCGUCUGUUCUUCAGGGCUAAUGGUUCUAUGAAAAGUACUUGUGUGUGUGGUUACUCACCCCCAACUUCCACCCAAACAGCUAGCUGGUCUGAUAUGAAAUACCACUCUCUUCUUACUCUUUAUUUCUGACUGGAUUAGUGUUGUUGUUUUUUUUUCCUGUGGACAUUUGCAAUAUUUUAAUUUUUUAUUUUGAAGCUUCAGUUCUUGUGCGGUAGUGAGAGGAGUUUAAAGGGGGUAGUGGUGGGGGGGGUUAGGAUCAGCUUUGGUCUUUACUCAGUUAUCUAUAAUGGAGAAUUCAUGAAUGUCUUUGGUGGGCUGCUUCGGCCCGCCCCGUCUUCAGUUGAAUAAAUAAAUAUUAAAUAAUGAUCAGUAAAUAAU